GUCCGUUCAGUUCAAGUUCUGUCGCUGACCGACAACUACGCGGCAAUGAAGCUACAAGCACUCCUAGUUUGUUUAAAAAUAUGUUACAUAGCCGCAUUAAACCUCGAUUAUUUAGACCCGACGGUGCUUCAGACUAAAACAUCGGCGCAAGUUCAACAAGAUGCGGCAACCACCAUCAUUAACAGGUACACCAAUCAAGUCAGUGUUACUAUAGAUCCUUUACUAUUUAAUAACAAGAAAGAUGUCUGCGCCCUUCGUACAUCCGAUGGACGUUUGCAAAUCAAAGCCAGUACUGGCGUCGCGGCACUUUGGGGCUUCAACUACUAUUUGAAGAAAUACUGCAAGAGUCAAAUAGCGUGGCAAGCACAAAGGGUUGCUAUUAACGUGUGCACCGCAUCGUAUAGCUUUGUAUGGUGGACGGUAGACCAAUGGAUAAAUCACGUCGAAUGGAUGGCACUGAAUGGUAUCAACUUGGCACUAGCACCGAUUGCACAAGAGGCCGCCUGGGACCGAAUCUAUCGGAAGUUGGGUAUGACCGAUGAUGAAAUCAACGAAUACUUUACAGGACCGGCGUUCCUUUCGUGGCUUCGCAUGGGUAACGUCCACGGUUGGGGAGGACCACUCACUAAGUUAUGGCACGACCGACAGCAGAAUAUACAAGAUAAUGUAGUCAGUUAUAUGUUCAAGCUUGGUAUAAUACCUGUCCUUCCCGCGUUCAACGGUCACGUACCGGCAGCAUUUACAAGGUUGUAUCCUAACAUCACAUUCUACUCGGUGGAAAAAUGGAAUAAAUUCAGCCCUGAUUAUUGCUGUGGCUUAUUUAUCAAUCCUAGAGAACCUCUGUUCACACAAAUAGGGGAAAUGUUUCUGAGAGAAAUGAACAGUGGUUUAGGUGUCGGUGAUAUUUUUUCAUCUGAUCCUUUCAAUGAAAUACAAGUGCAACCGUGGUCCACAAGUCUGGUGAGAGAUACAGCAUCUGCUAUAUUCUCGGCGAUAUCGAAAUUCAAUAAUAACGCAGUCUGGUUAGUUCAGAAUUGGAUGUUUGUUCAUAACCCCAUUCAGUGGCCUUUGAAAAGAGUACAAAGUUUCCUUACUGCCGUCCCAGAAGGCAGGAUGUUAGUGUUAGAUCUGCAGUCGGAGCAGUGGCCUCAAUACGAUCUCUAUCAAAUGUAUUAUGGUCAACCGUUUAUUUGGUGUAUGCUACACAAUUUCGGCGGAACAUUGGGAAUGCAUGGUAAUAUGCAAGCUAUCAACAAAGACGUAUAUCUAGCAAGAGAUAGAGUGAACAGUACAAUGAUCGGUAUCGGAUUGACUCCGGAAGGUAUCAACCAGAACUACGUCAUGUACGACUUGAUGCUGGAAGUGGCAUGGCGCAGGGAACCAAUACAAAGUCUUGACGACUGGGUAGCUGAUUAUUCCGACGGCUUUUAUUACGAUCUCGUAGAUGUUACUCGGCAAGCGCUACAGUACAGAGCGGACCAGUUGUAUUUGGAUAUAUUAAAUCAAAGAUAUCACUCCGUGAUGACUUUCAACGCCACAAUUAUGAGAUUUAUCGACCUGAUGAACGACAUGGAAAACAUUUUAGCUACUAAUAAAAAUUUUAUGCUUCGAGAUUGGUUGUCGGCGGCUCGAAGCGUGUCUAAUGAUAAUACAUUUUUGUACGAUUUAAAUGCUAGGAAUCAAAUAACGUUGUGGGGUCCGAAUGGUGAGAUAACAGACUACGCUUGUAAGCAAUGGGCGGAAUUAUUCCAUUAUUAUUAUAUACCUAGAUGGUCAAUGUUUCUGUCGAUGGCACUAGACGCGAAAGCUCGCGAUGAAGUCUUCGACGAGAGCGGAGCCCAGAAAGUUGUAAGAUCGUUAGUCGAAGAACAAUUUCUAACUGUCCAAAUUAAUCCAUUACAAUCAAACGAUACUAAAACAGUAGCAUUGUAUAUGUAUGAGAAAUGGGGCUUCCUAUCAGGACUUGAGGAUUUGCCGCUGAGCAUUGUUAGACCAAACCCCUCGAGAAGAACAACCCUACCUGACGUCGACUCAGCAGAACGCGAAGUGGAUUUACCGACUGUCAUACAUUUGCAUUCAACAACACCGACUGAUUAAUUUAAAAACCAACGAGAUUGACAUCUGUCAGUGUCAAAGUUGUGUCUAAUUAUUAAAAUAAGAGCUAAAUUAUCGCACAAAUGCUGUCAGAUUGUCGAUUGUUUCGCAGCCAAUUCAACUGUUUAGUUGCUGGACUGAUAACCGAGUAGUGUACGCACCUCCAAAUAAGCUCAAGGAAAGCGAGAUAAAACAGUUGUGCGAUACUUUAGUUUCUUGUGUGCGCAGACUAAAUCUAACCUAUAAGUGAUGUUUUGUAUGCGAUAAUUAAAACUAAUGAUUAAAUGUAUUUUUCUGUUACUGAAUAAAAGAUGAGUAAAUCUAUA